UCCAUGGAGAACUUUAUUCGAUACGACAGUAGCUGCGCGAGCCAAAUUAAUUCGAAUGGAAGUGGUUGAGGUGCAAUUUUCACCCGGGAGUACUUUUUGAAAGAUUUUUAUUUGUUUAGUUUUUGAAUUGCGCGGCUAGAUAUAUUAGUUUCUGUUUGAGUUAAAAAUGUCGCAUUAUUUAUUUGAGCGCUCUUACUAAGUUGGAGUAGUGGAGGGUAAAGUUAGUACGGGUUAUUUAAAGCGUUGCUUCCAGUGGUAACUUGCUUGCAAGCUGCUAUUACCGUCUAAAACUGCUACUCGAGCUUCCGUGGGAAUAUACUAGAAACCGACCAAAGUUGUAGUUUUGUCGGAGAGUUCGCAGAAACAGGGAAACGGGGUCGGCGCUAUUCCGUGCGGACGGGAUUCGGUCGUUUGUGUGGUGGGAGCAGGACCCAACCCUUUGCUCUGCAUCUCGCCCAGAGAACUUUGAUAUUAUUCACUGUCGGAUUAUUUGAAUCGCUGGACGCAAGAUGCACGUUAUUGAAGCAGCCAGCGCACCUUUCACUUACAAAUAAUGAGAUAAUAUCUAAACGGAUCGUAGGUGUAGGUAUUAUUGCAUUGUAGCUGAGGUUUUUUUUUUUCUUUCUCGGUUCAGGGUUACUUCCUGGUGCGACAGAGAGAGGCAGUGCUGAGUUAAAGAGACAGAAAUACAGAGAUAGAAAUUUAGAUAGAAAAAUACUGAGUGGCGAGAAGGAGUGAGAGAGGAGCAGUUGGCUGGUUUCCAGAAGCAGCCCCGCUCCACUCUUUUUGUGUAUUUAUAAAAAUUAUUUUAACGGUUUGUUUUUAUUUAUGAUACAUGUAUUUAUUUGGACUAUUUGAAUCUCCGAGGUCCGGUUGGCCGAGAGGUUAAAGCGAAAUUGUACCAGGGAACAUUUUUUUCAGAGCGACGGGGAAGCGUCGCGCCGAUUUUUCGCACCAUUCGUUCCCCUUUUUUUAUUAAGCUUAGGAUUUAUUUUUUGCUGUUCGUUUCAUACUUUCGAUUUAAGAAAAAGAGGCUAACGGAAGAUGGGUUGUUUAGGCAACAGCAAGACCGAAGAUCAACGCAUCGACGAAAAAGCACAACGAGAGGCGAAUAAAAAAAUAGAGAAACAGUUGCAAAAAGAGAGGCAAGCGUACAAAGCCACGCAUCGGCUGCUUUUAUUGGGGGCCGGAGAGUCCGGAAAAAGCACUAUUGUCAAGCAGAUGAGGAUCUUGCACGUCAACGGUUUUAAUGCAGAGGAAAAGAAACAAAAAAUCCUGGAUAUUCGGAAAAAUGUGAAGGAUGCCAUAGUGACCAUAGUUUCGGCGAUGAGCACUUUAAUACCGCCAGUUCCACUAGCCAACCCCGAAGACCAGUUCAGAAUCGACUACAUCAAGAGUAUAGCCCCACUGUCUGACUUCGACUACACACAGGAGUUCUUCGAACACGCAAAGAAGCUGUGGGACGACGAGGGGGUGAAGGCGUGCUUCGAGAGGUCCAACGAGUACCAGCUCAUCGACUGCGCGCAGUACUUUCUGGACAGAAUUGAUUCCGUAAGCCAGACUGACUACACACCAACAGAUCAGGACCUGCUUCGCUGCAGAGUCUUGACUUCAGGGAUUUUUGAAACUCGAUUUCAAGUGGACAAAGUCAACUUCCACAUGUUUGAUGUGGGGGGCCAGAGAGACGAGAGGAGGAAGUGGAUCCAGUGCUUUAAUGACGUGACGGCCAUCAUCUUUGUGGUAGCAAGCAGCAGCUACAACAUGGUAAUAAGGGAGGAUAACAACACCAACAGGCUGCGGGAGGCUCUGGAUCUCUUCCGCAGCAUCUGGAACAACAGGUGGUUACGGACCAUUUCAGUCAUCCUGUUCUUGAACAAGCAGGACAUGUUGGCUGAGAAGGUAUUAGCGGGGAAGUCCAAGAUUGAAGACUACUUUCCUGAAUACGCUCGCUACACCAUACCAAAUGAAGCAACUCCUGAUCCCGGAGAAGACCCAAGAGUGACUAGGGCCAAGUUUUUCAUCCGAGAUGAGUUUCUGAGGAUCAGCACGGCAAGCGGGGACGGCCGGCACUACUGCUACCCGCACUUCACCUGCGCGGUGGAUACCGAGAACAUCCGCCGCGUCUUCAAUGACUGCCGCGACAUCAUCCAGCGGAUGCAUCUGCGGCAGUACGAGCUGUUGUGAUGGCGGCGCCGGCUCCCGCGCGUGCGCUUUACCAAUCUGAGCUCCUCUCCCAAAACGAACGCCCGCCGACAGGGACAAUGAGUACUACUGAAGUGUAUCAAAUCCUCCUUCUUUGUCACAUUCUUUUUUGUUUGUUCUUUUUUUUUAAAAUUUAAUUUAAGCCAUUCUCAGUACCCAGUUCGCUGAGUUUAAGAGGAGUGGGGAACAGGGUUUGUGGGCGCUUCUUCCUUUAUAAUGCCUUUGUCAUUCCACUAAGCCUUUGGCUACCUCCUUUUUUCUUUUUUUCUUUUUUUUUUUUUGUCCUUUUUUGGUUGUUUCAUUUCUCAUUUGUGAUGUCAUUGGACCUGGACCAGCAGGUUUUUCGCCAGCGGGGUGGGUGUGUUUGAGGAGCACCUGUCGGACCCGCCCCCUUGGGGGGGGGGGGGCGGAGCUUUGUCGCCUGCCGGCCUCCAAACUGACGCCACCUAGUGACCUACAGUACCCUUGCGUGGGCUCUCUGCAUCUUUUUUCAACACUGAAGAGUACUUGAUGGGGGGAUAAAAAAAGAAAGAAAAAAAAUGUAAUGCACUUUGCAUCAGGUUACUUAAAUACCGUUGAGGAAGUAUACACACGAUGUAGCACCACAAUAUUUAUUACUGUCACGGUUUUUAGCGUUCCGAGUUGCAGGUCGACUGUGAAGUUACCGACCUCCUCUUUUAAGCCGACUCGAGGCACAGAAGUGGAGGAGGGUGUGAGAGG